UUCAUCACACACAAAUGUAAAAACAUUACAGAACCCAAAAUCCCCCUUAGAUUUUAUUCACCUUUUUUUAUUCAACAUUGUCAAAAUAUUCACUUCCAUUUGACAUUCAUUCUUUAAUCUUAUCUCAAUACAUAUAAGGACAUAAUUUAUAUAGAUAUAGAUAUAGAAAAUUGUAUGUAUGGCAAGAGCAGAGUUUAGUUAUAAUUAUUCAAAUAAUGGGAGAACAGUAACACCCAAAUGGUGUUCCUGUAAGAGAAGUAUACUUAUUAUAUGUUCAUUCAAUAUUGUUGUUGCCCUUUAUGUUUUUCAUAAUCUCUACACUUCAUUGUACUCUUACCCUUAUCAAGAUUCACAACAAGGUGUUAGCUACACUCCUGAUCAGAUUAGAAAAAUGGAAGAAUCAGUGCGAAUACGAAUAGAAUCUGAACCUGUAAAGCUCAUUGAAAUGGUUAAGGAAAUCAGAACACGUUUGAAAGGAGAAGAUGUAACUCGAUUACCGCAGUCAUUGAAGCAGAAGUUAACUGAUGAGCUUUUAGAAGUUUUGAGGGCUGCGAAGGCCAACGGUAACACCACUUUACAAAAUGAAGCUGUUCAACAAUGGAGGAAGAAAAAGUUAAAAGAAGCUAAAAGAAUUAAACGUGGGAAGACCUCAAAUUCAACCAUCCUACCGGAAGAAGCAGGAAUACUUGCAAGAGCACUGAAGUCUAAUUGGGCUCAGCUAUUAGAUGAAGUUGGUCUGUGGAUACCUGUUAAUAUUAUCAACAAUGAACAUAAUGACAAACCCGAGGGUGUAGAUGAUUUUGAUGAUACAAUCCUAGCUGGCAGGCGACUACCGCCUGAAUGUAAUGUAGAACUUCAUACCGACUAUGGUGGUCGAGCGGUCAAAUGGGGGCUUACCCAUCACAAAGAAAGCGCGUAUGAUUGUUGUCAAGCUUGUUUGGAUCAUGCUAAUAAUGCUAAACCAAAUGAGAUCAAAUGUAACAUAUGGGUUUAUUGCCCGAGUGAGGAUGGAUGCCAUUCCCCGGAUAUAUAUGAACAUAAACUUCAAGAAUGCUGGCUAAAAUAUGAUGAAAAGCCUAAAGUAAACUUUAAAGACAUGUAUUCAGAAAAUUACAGAAAUCGUCAUCCAAAUGCACCGAUGUUUGUUCCUUGGGUCUCCGGUGUGAUAAGUACUUGAAGACCUGUAUUUGUAUCUAUAUGCUUGUGAUUUUGGGUUUUGUUCCAUCUGUUACUUGCAAUUUUCUUGAACUUUUGUAGUGAUAAACGGGUUGGGAAAACCAGCGUCAAAAGGGAGGAAGACAUUGGUUACAUAUUGAGCAUACAAUAUUUUUCUAUAA